AUGAUGACGUAUGAUCCGUUUGAUUCUUCAGUAAAUCUGGAGGAGACUCAUUUGAAGGAAGGCUACAAGGAUGGCCUUGUUACCGGCAAGGAUGAGGGAAAGAAGGUUGGACUUAAGGUCGGUUUUGAGAUUGGUGAAGAACUCAGCUUCUACAGCGGCUGGCCAAAACUGCUAUUUCUCAGAUGCAAAGACUUGAUCCAAAAGUAUCCUCUAAUGGAUCCUGAAGGUUUACAGGUGCAAGAGAUCAUGGAUAGCAUCAGGCUCAAGUUCAAGAUGAUUUGUUCUUCAUUGCGUGUCAAGCUUCACUAUAAAAUUGCCUGA